GGUCUUGUAGGCAGUAUAGUAGAGGAAGGAAUAUGAUUCCUUGGAGAAGUACCACCACCGUAGUUCCAAGUGCAGUUCGCUCUCUUCUUCUGAAUCCCAAGUUUUCUUCUCACAAACUCACCUCCAUCGCCGGCGAAUCCCCACUUCUAUCGCCACCGGAAGCAUCUUCCAUCACUACCCUAGUUAUUAACACCGAUCCAAGAGACCUCCCAUCAGCUCUUAGCAAUUACCCAGUUCAAUGGACACCCGAAUUAGUCAUCAAAAUCCUCAAACUCCUCUGGAAUCACGGUCCCAAAUCCCUCCAAUUCUUCAGGUCCCUCGAACGCCACCCUGGUUACAGACACUCAUCCGCCGCAUUUGACCACGCCAUAGACAUUGCCGCCCGUAUUCGCGAGUACAAGACUGUCUGGACCCUAGUCGAACGGAUGCGUUCCCUUCGUAUCGGACCAACUUCGAAAACAUUCGCCAUAAUCUCCGAAAGGUAUGUAUCCGCUGGAAAAGCUGAUAAAGCUGUUAAAGUUUUCUUAUCUAUGCAUCAUCAUGGUUGUCAUCAGGAUUUGAAUUCAUUCAAUACGAUCCUCGACGUGCUUUGCAAAUCCAGGAGAGCCGAGAAGGCUUAUAAUCUGUUAAGAGUUUUCAGAGAUAGAUUCAAAGCUGAUACAAUCAGCUAUAACAUUAUUGCGAAUGGGUUUUGUUUGAUUAAACGCACGCCAAGGGCAUUGGAGGUUCUAAAGGAAAUGGUGGAAAGGGGAUUAGAUCCAACUCUAAUUACCUACAAUACAAUGCUUAAAGGUUUCUUUAGAUCUGGUCAGAUAAAGGAAGCUUGGAAGUUCUUCUUGCAAAUGAAGAAGAGAAAAUGUGAGAUAGAUGUUGUCACAUACACAACUGUUAUCCAUGGACUCGGUGUUGCUGGAGAUGUAAUCAACGCACAGAAGGUGUUCGAUGAAAUGUUUGAGAACGGAGUUCUUCCUUCUGUGGCGACAUAUAAUGCAUUGAUUCAGGUACUAUGUAAAAAAGAUAAUGUAGAGAAUGCAUUAGUUGUAUUAGAGAAGAUGAAGAACAAAGGCUAUGUACCCAAUUUGAUUAGUUAUAAUGUAGUGAUAAGAGGACUCUGUCAUGCUGAGGAAAUGGAUAGAGCUGUAGAAUACAUGGAUAGAAUGAAGGAAGAUGAUAACGAGUGUAAACCUAAUGUGCAGACAUACAAUAUUGUGAUUCGUUACUACUGCGAUUUAGGUGAAAUUGACAAGGGUUUGGAGGUUUAUGAGAGAAUGGAAAAGGAGAGAUGUCUUCCGGAUUUGGAUACUUAUAAUAUAAUGAUAAGUGGGAUGUUUGUGAGGAAGAAAUCUGAGGAUUUAGUUAUGGCUGGUAAAUUGAUGAUAGAAAUGGUUGAUAGAGGGUUUAUGCCUAGAAGGUUCACUUUCAAUCGAGUCUUAAACGGGUUGUCGCUUACUGGUAAUCAGGAGUUUGCUAAACAGAUUUUGAGAUUACAGAGCAAAUGUGCCAGAGUUCCUCGCCAUUUCAGAUUGUGAAGAGAAGCUUUCUUCCAUGGCCAUGGUCAUGUUCAUUCCCAACCCUUCUUCCCAAGUCGACCUGAAACAGAAAACCGCGAUUAUAUAUGGUCCGUUAUAAGAUUUUGAUAGAGUAUGAAAUUCAUCAAUCCACAUUAAGGAUGGAAUGAUAUUUAACCAAACCAAUCUGAUUCAGGCUCACCCCACUAGUUUGCACUUAAAAUUUGUUGUAUUUGAAAUUGGAUUGCAUUGUUAUGUUUAUUGACUUUUAAAGAUGUUUUUGGUUAACGUUAGAAGGAAUUGUGGAUGUU